UUUUUAAAUAAAUAAUAAAAAAAAACUGUUCAGUGUUUGUAUCUUUCUCUGUUUCCCGAUCUGCAGAACUAACUCAGAAAGUGCUCUGUUCCCCUUCUUUCUCUGUCACACACUCUCUCUCUCCUAUCUUUCUCUCUCUAAAACUCAUUCCCUUCAACAUAAAUUCAAAUAGCUUAUCUUCAUCCAUCACUUUUCUGUUCCUCUCUUUCUUGAAGGGGCAUUUAUUAAACCAUUGGUUUCUUCUCUUUCUUCUCAAGAUCCGCGCUUAAUUUCACUGCUUUCUAUCUCUACAUAUACAUUUAUACAUAUACUUACACCACAUAUAUAUAUAUAUAUAUAUAUGUGGCUUACUAUGGAAGAUGGACAAACGAGGACCGGGACUGAUGAGAUUGUGUUCAGAUGGGCAUAAUGGGAUGGAAAUUAAGGGUUUUGUGGUGACUUUGUCCGCCGAAGAGGAGGAAGAAGUGGAUUUCUUAGGGUUUUUCUGCUAUAAUGGCAACUGCAGAUGAGUAUUCAAGCUGGUCACACUCGUACAAGGGCAUGUCCUCCGACAACAUAAAGGGAUUAGUCUUGGCUUUGUCUUCUAGUUUUUUCAUUGGGGCUAGCUUCAUUAUUAAAAAGAAGGGUUUGAUGAAGGCUGGUGCUUCUGGAGUUAGGGCAGGUGCUGGAGGGUUUUCUUACUUGUAUGAGCCACUUUGGUGGACUGGCAUGAUAGCAAUGGUUGUUGGGGAAAUUGCUAAUUUUGCUGCUUAUGCAUUUGCACCUGCGAUUUUAGUCACUCCUCUUGGUGCACUCAGUGUCAUAAUCAGUGCUGCACUUGCACAUAUUAUUUUACGGGAGAGGCUACACAUUUUUGGAAUUCUUGGUUGUAUUUUAUGCAUUGUGGGUUCAGUAACAAUUGUUCUACAUGCUCCUCAAGAACGCGAAAUUGAGUCUGUUAAGGAAGUUUGGGAUCUUGCCACAGACCCAGCCUUUCUUGUGUAUGCAGGUUUGGUGAUAACAACAGCUCUUGUAAUCAUUUUCCGUUUUAUCCCAGAGUAUGGGCAGACACAUAUAAUUGCUUACAUUGGUGCUUGUUCACUUGUAGGCUCACUUUCGGUUAUGAGUGUCAGAGCACUUGGUAUUGCAUUGAAGUUAACAUUUUCAGGAAUUAAUCAGUUAUUGUAUCCCCAAACAUGGGUCUUUGCCGUUGUUGUGGUUACAUGUGUGCUUACCCAAAUGAACUACUUAAACAAGGCUCUCGAUACAUUCAAUACAGCUGUUGUAUCACCUAUAUACUAUGUGACGUUUACAUCAUUAACCAUUUUGGCUAGUGUUAUCAUGUUUAAGCUUCUUCACCAUGCAUGUCAAUGCGCCUUUCUAAGUAUAGUGAAGAAAAUGGAUUUGAUCCUGAAGGUAUCCCUCUUCGGUGCCAAGAACCCAAAUCACCAUGAAGGUAUUGUUCAAAACUUUAAUCUGCCAUUAACCAGGACCUGCAUUAUUUUUGGCGGGGAGGAACACUGAAACAAUCAUCAACCUGUAUUUAUAUUGGAUGGAGUAAACUAGCCCACAUAUUCCUUCCAAUUGCAAUUAGAAAAGAUGGCAGGAAUUGUCUCGUCUUGGAUUGGAUUGGAUUGAAAUGAUAUCACAUGCUUUCUUUCAGCUGCUGCUGUCAAAUGACUCGAAUACCCCUUUCAGCUCCUCAACCUUCCCUUUCUUCCAUUCAAGGACCAUCUUUGGCAAUCGUGGUGGCAUUGAGCAUAUUGAAUUUGUAUCAUGUAUCUUAGAUCUCAAAUUUUCCAAGAAGGGACAUCCCAGCUGAUUUGGCUCACGAAGUUGAGGAAAAGGCAAGUCAAACACAACCGUACAGGUACUCAGAGAACAUGCUUGUUCAAUAUACUUACAGCUGAACUAAGACUCUUCCUCGUGCUUUUUAAUUUUUAUUAUUAAUCAUUUAGAAGAGGGAAUCAAAUGAUGCGGUGCCCUUUGCAUAUAUUUCUUUGGUUGUACUUUAUUGUUCACUCUGUAAUUGGGGAUUUUUGUGAGGAAUGGGGCUGAAGGAAAUGCAAGCUCCUUGCAUGCAGGUAUAGGUGGAGAACUUUGAAUCAAGAAAAUAUAGUAUUCUCUGUGAGUACCUUCUGUAAAACACCAUCUGCAAUAAGGCAUUUAAGAGCUUAUUUCUAUGCA